AAGUGUUAUCUAUAUAUAAUGGUUUCUUUAAGAGCUGUGUAUAUAAAACAGACAUGCUGUGCAACAGUUGCGUUCUUGCCUCGUCCUCUGGUUUCUUUGGCUUUUUUCGUUUUUCUUUUUGGUGCUGGUUGGUUGGUUGGUUGGUUGGUCCUUUGAUCUUUUCCCAUGUAUGUUUGUAGAGCGCUCUAGCUUGAUUUGGCUUGCUUUGCUGAAAGAAACAAACCAGAGAAGAGAAAGAACGUGUGGGAGAUUGACCAAAAGGGUUGUGAGGUUUCUUUCUCUGCCCCCUUUUUUUGGUGGAGAAUGAAAUGAUUAGUUUGGAGCCGAAAUAAGAGUGUGUAAAAGCGAGCGAGUGUGUUUGGGGGGAGGAAACGCAAAGAAAGAGCGGGCUUUGGAGGUGCUUGUUUGGGUGCGUUCUCCUGAAGGUGAUGCGUGUUGGGCCAGUUUAGUUGAGCAUCCUUUUCAAUAUAAAGUGUUGUGUUACGGAAUGUUCUAAUUGGGGAGGGGGAUACAUUUAAGGCUGAGAUUUUGAGACCUAACUUCCUGAAACUGAUUUUUAUUUUUUGUUAUUUUUUAUGAAAAAAGCAAAAAAUACAGGAAUUUCAUGGGCGUGAGUUUCAAGGUCCAAAGUCUUGGUUCCGAAUUUGAGCAAGGUAGAAAUUUAAGUUGCUCCCAUUCAGCUUGAGUGACAAACGCAUAACGAUUGGUUCCACAAGCUCUGUCAAAGGUGAACAGGCGGGCAUGCAAGGAAUCUAGUAGUUAAACCGAAGGCUAAUUAGGUUCAUCGAAGAGCAGAAUACGAAGUGCUUUUUCUAUCUGUAAUUUCCUCGGAAUCUUUGAGAAAAUGGGUUCUAAUCCAACGGAAAUGCAGGAGCCGAGCAUCGACACCGACAAGCUCAGCUACGAAAUCUUCUCCAUCCUGGAGAGCAAGUUCCUCUUCGGCUACGACGACCAGAAGCUAUGGAUCCCCAAGCCGAUCACUCCUCCGGACACCGAAGCUCAGCCUCAAGCCCAUGCCCAAGUCCAACCCAUCACCAUCGAUAGUAGCGUCUCGGCGAUCAAGAACCAGAGAGGGAAAAUCUGCAUUCUCAGCAUCGACGGCGCUGGCAUGCGGGGCAUUCUCUCGGGCAAAGCUUUGGCCUAUUUGGAACACGCGCUCAAAGUGAAAUCUGGUAAUCCAGACGCCAGAAUCGCCGAUUAUUUCGACGUCGCGGCCGGUUCUGGGAUCGGAGGCAUUUUCACAGCGAUGCUGUUCGCCACGAAGGACCAGAACCGUCCAAUUUUCAAGGCCGAGGAAACUUGGAAGUUUCUGGCUGAACAGGGAAAGAGAUUUUACCGUUCCUCCUCUGGUUCGGGUUCUAACGGCAGUGGUUUCUUCCGGCGGCUAGUUAGAGGUGGCUCUUCUAGCUCUGCCGGCGUGUCCACGGCCGGUUUGGAGAAAGCGAUGAAAGCGGCUUUUAUUGAGAACAACCGGAACUUGACGCUGAAAGACACGUUAAAACCAGUGUUGAUCCCUUGCUAUGACCUGUCCAGCACGGCGCCGUUUCUUUUCUCCCGUGCGGACGCGCUGGAGACCGACAGCUUCGACUUCAGGCUAUGGGAGGUCUGCCGAGCCACUUCGGCGGAACCGAGCCUAUUCGAACCGGUCCAAAUGCGGUCCAUCGACGGCCAAACCAGGUGCGUGGCAGUCGACGGCGGUUUAGCAAUGAGCAACCCAACCGCCGCUGCAAUCACGCACGUGCUACAUAACAAGCAAGAGUUCCCAUUCGUGCGAGGGGUGGAGGACCUGCUGGUGCUAUCUAUAGGAACGGGUCAGUUGGUGGAGGUGAACUAUGACCGGGAUCAGAUCAAGAACUGGAAGGCCAAGGAGUGGGCUCGACCCAUGGCUCGGAUUUCAGGAGACGGCUCGGCGGAGUUGGUGGACCAGUCCGUAGCCAUGGCCUUCGGCCAGGGUAGGAGCAGUAAUUACGUGCGCAUUCAGGCAAAUGGUUCUAGCUUGGGGAGGUGUGGAGCCAAUGUGGAUACAGACCCAAGUCCCACUAAUGUAAACAUGCUCACUGGACUAGCAGAGGAGAUGCUAAAACAGAAGAAUGUUGAGUCAGUGCUCUUUGGAGGCAAGAGGAUUGGAGAGCAACGCAACUUUGAGAAACUUGACUGGUUUGCUGGAGAACUGGUGUUGGAGCAUCAGAGGAGGAGUUGCAGAAUAGCUCCCACUGUAGCCUUCAAGCAAGCUGCACCAAAACCCACCUAGACUGCACUACCAGUCAAUGCCACAACCUAAAAAGGUGGAAAAAAUAUAUCUGAAAUAAGAAGAAUGAAGAGAAGGAAGAAGAAAGGUAAUAUAGUAGCAGCUUUUACUUUAUGGAAGUGAAGUAGAAAGACAAUGGGAGGCCAGUGAAUCGAGUGAAAAGGACAAGUAAUGUUAAAAGGGCGGAAGAUCUCAUGGGGAUACUUUGCCUGCUAGAGGACAGGCAUUGUGGUGUCCACUCCACCUUUCUACAAUGGCAAGCAGCCGUGAAGAAAAAGCUAGUUAGUUCAAGCUUUUCAAGGUCAAACAAGUAUCAGGUGUGAAUCUUUUUCAUUUCAAAUUGAGAUGGUAGGGUGGGAAAACUGUUCCAUAUUUCUUCCCAUGCCUACUUUACUUUUCCCAUUUUUUUUUUCCUUUUUCAAAAAUUGCUUUUUUUUUUUUUGGUCAUCCCGGUCUCAAGAAACUUGAGUGUGGGGGUGGUGGGCUGCCUUGUGAUAAAAACCCAGAAACAUGCCAAAAUUAUUCUUCGUCAGACUUUGGUCUUUUUAUUUGUCGGUUUUUUCCUUCUUUACUUGAAUAUAGAUUGUAGUGGUGGAGAAAGAGAUUUGAGAAUGGGAUGCAGUCUUUUAGCAGCCGACCAUUCAUCCUGAGAUUGGGAUUGAUGGAUGUACCAAUGUGGCGGAUAGUAGUUGGACCCUUUCUACAAGAUCACAAGUAGAUUUUUAUCUAUAGGUUUUUGUGGGUCUACUUGAAUUUUCUGUCUUCAAAUUCUGAUUAUUAUUGUUAUCAACAACUUGUAAAUUUCUGCGUGGUAAGAAGUGGUGGCAGUGGUUGAUGUUUGGCUCAAUUCUCUGUACCCUGUUUGUUGAGUUCGUCUAUAUAAAGCUUUCUUUCA